AUGGCAUCACCGAAUUUCAAUCCAUAUCAACAGCCGUGGCAGUCGCGGCAGUAUCAACAAACGCCGCCUUCACCGGCGCAGCCUGUAUACCAUUACUCACAAAACCACCACCCCGAGUACACUCAAUAUGCGAUAGCUGCAGCAUCAUACGUUCAACCUCACUACGGCAGCACAGAGCCAGCUCCAGUAAUCGCAGAAUUACCGGCACCAUUACCACCGGCCCCACCAACAACCACAUCCGAAGAGCAAUUGAAGCAGGAUGAACUCCUUGCGCGUAGCAUGUCGCAACUAGAGGUCACAAACUCUACACCGUUGAUGAACCCGUUUCCUGGAAGCCCCCAACACCUCACGCCAUCACUGCACCAACACCGGUCUGUUCAAAUGCUGCGGCCACAUUCCCGGAGCGUUUCCUAUUCCAAUAACCAAUCCCCAUGCGGUGUAGCACCUCGAAACUCGGUUUCAAUACCCAUUACACACCACCGAUCUGCACAAUCAUUACGGCCCCACUCAAAAAGCGUAGGGACACAUGCUGCACCAUGGAGUCCAGCAUCUCUGAAUCACGCUCAGAAGAUAGACACGACUAGGUUCAGCACAUUACCAGAAGUUGUGGUGGAGCCUUUUCCCACCGGAUACUCAGGUCCCAAACUCGCAGAGCAAACUCUCCCGAUACCAGUUUACCCAGACCAACGACCCGUGAGCCACCUACCCGUUGCUCUGGACCAUGCUUCAUUGCCAUCCUAUGUAGAAAAAUAUCGCCAAGCGCCUUAUCCUCCACAAUGGACUCCACCACCCAUACUUCAAACACUGUACGCCGGCCGGGGAGGCAAACAUGCCUCAGGUUCUUGCUGGCUCGAUACGCCGGCAUCGUCGACAUGGAGCGAAGAACGGCCUUCAGAAAGGGGACAGGAUUCUGUACCUCCAACCUUUUCUUUCAAAUUCAAAUCUAUUGGCGGCAGCUUUCGUACCCCAAAGCUGUCCUGGACUAUGACGUGCAAUGAGCAACUCGAGAAUCUUGGGAAGAAGGCUAGCAAACAACAGGCCACUACGUGGACAUAUGAGCUCAAGAUAGAUCCCAAAACCAAUAUGCGAAAGUCUGAAGUUCUAACACCAAGUGGACCCAACUCCAGAGACAUCAUGACAACAUACGUACAUGCGCUGAAUUACGACUCCUUGAGAUUUAUCGGGACCGACCGACGCGCCUACAUGUGGGUCACGAGCAGCAGAGUGUCCUCAAUCGAUGGCGCAAGGUACGAUACCCUCAGACAUGCGCUGUUCGUCGCUUCAGGAUACAAUCCGGAUCCGCUGUAUGGCCAUAUCGUUGCAGACCACUGCUUUUGGGACGGUGGAGUCAAUAAUACUGCAGGAAACCUGCCUGAUGAAGUAAUCUAUAUACGAUCUCCGGAAGUAGAUCAGGCACUCGUUGUAGCCACGCUUCAGGUCCUGAAGGACUGGGAGAAACAUACGCUGAAGGACGAGAAAAAGAAAAAGCCGGAAGCUUUUGCUGCAGCGGAAAAGGAGGCCAGAAAACAUACACUCGGAGCAGCGAGUCAUUGGGAAGCUUAG